AUGAGUGCGGUGUCCCGAGCACCGCAACACGUCCAAAGACAGGACGUGAUGACCACCGUUGGCCAAGGAAAGGUCCGAGGCGUGGGUCCGACCAUGUCGCUUAACCGCGACAGCAAGUCGGACCGCCAGAAAACGGACAGGGUCAGUACGGGCGAAGCACCCUGA